AAUAGAAGUCUUCUAGAAGGAAUGGAAAACGUUAAUUUUUAGUUUCAUUGCUUUAUUAUUUUAUUCAUUCAUUUGUCAUAGUUUAUUUCGAUAUUCUCCUAAAAUGGGUAGUUUACUGAAUGACUGGAUACAGUUAUUCGACGAGAAGAACUUUGAGAACCUCAAGGAGGAAUCUCAACCACUCAGAGCAAUUACAAUGCUCUAUAUUACGAUUAAGAAGGAAUUUCAAAAAGUAGAGAUUGCUUUAGGAAAUGAAUUGCAAACAUAUAAGCAAUCCCUAGAAGCUAAACAUUGUAAAGAUGUCAAAAAAGAACAAGUUGAGGAUGAUAUAAUUUCAGUUCCAAGUUCUCCAGAAAAAUGUUUCAAAAAUUCUAGCAGUAAUAUCAGCAAGAAUACUAAAAUAUUGUUGAAGAGUCCUACGUUUGAUAGACACAGAAAGGCUAAUUUCAAGAAAAUGAGAAAACCUUUAUGUGCAUCAAAUAUUUCGGGUGUAUUUCCAUUAAAAAAUAAUGACAUGUUUACUUCUGGCAAAAAAAAUCUGUCCAGUAAAGUGAUUGUGAAUGCAUCUGAUGAUGAUGAUAUGUUUGAUUCUUCUGUGAUUGGAGCAACUCCUGAAGUUGAUAUUUCUAAAAGAACUAAAAAUACGAUUCAUACACAGAGGAAAAAAAUUCAUUUAAAACGUAAUCUAAGUGGUACUAGUAGUACAACACUUACUCAGAUAUUUAGUGGAAUGAUCUCAAAGGAUAAUGAUGAAAAAGAUGAUACAACAAUGAUGGAUAUUGAUGAGAUACUAGAAAAGGUUGAAAAUGCUGAAAACAUUGAUGAAUCAGUAAAUAAAUUCAAAAAUAUUUCUGCUUCCAAAAACCUAAAAGUUCAUGAUUCCUUCGUUGAAGAUUAUGAUAAGAUUCCUGAACCUAAAGCAGAACCUUCAAAUCCAUUUGUUUAUAAAGAAACUGUAAGGGGAAAUGAGAAAAAAAAAUUGAAGGGUUGGUCUUGCAAAGAUUGUGAGCAUUUUUACAAAGGUAUGAACUUAUCAGAUAAAGAAUUGGAGAAGAAAAUGAAUGAGUGUUCAAAGCACAAAAGUAAAUUCAAGCCAGAUGAAGAUACCAUACCUGGAUACUGGGAUUUAUCCAUUCCUUCCACUCCAGAAGAUGAAAAGUCUACGCCUCCAGACUCUCCACAAGGAAGUCAAAAUUUGAAUGAGUCAACAAUAUUUUGUUUUUACAAGAAGUAAUACAAGAUGAUGCAAUAUAGAACAAAACAUACUUUAUUGAGUUGGUUAUGUAUAUAAAAAUAAUCACAAUAAUAUUUACAGUAUAAAAAAAAUGUAUAAGUUUAUAAAUUACCACGCUUAGCUUGCUCAAUUUCUAUAGCUGUGAAAAGUGCCUUAAAGUUGCCUGCUCCAAAACCCUGAAAUAUAUAUAUUUUUUUAUAUUUGUACUUUUCAAAUACAUGGUAUUUUAUUA